UUUCAGGAGAGUGAGAUUUUUAUUUAUUAUAUUAAUAUUAGGCUCAGGCUUGGUUUAACCAAAAUCAAUUCAAAUCCCAUGAAUAUUUCAUGGUCUGAAACUUAUCUAAGACUUGAUUCUUCCGAAAUUAAAGAAAUUGCUUCAAUUUGUUCUCUCCCUCCUUGUGAACAUGCGCUGCUUGAAAAUACAUCAAUUCCUUGUAUAGUUCAUAAUUUUUCCUGCUGUUCUCAUUGUCUGACAAAUGUGAUGUUUAGUUCUAUGAAUUAUCUUCAGUCAAAGUUGCUGCAGGACAGACAGCUGAACAAUGGGUGCUAUGGGAGCUCGUUCUCACGGCAUCACAAGCCCUGCUAAGAUCAUUGCCAACGUCUUCAUAUCUUUCAUUGGCGCAGGCAUGUUGGGACUGCCUUAUGCAUUCAAAGAGGCUGGUAUUGUGGAGGGAAUUGUGGUGAUGGCUGUGGUGGGGUACCUGAGCACAGCUGCCAUGCUGAUGCUCAUAGACUGCAAGUAUGCCAUACUGGCGGCACACUCCCCCAGGGGCGGACAGUCCUUCAGCCUGCACGGCAAGAAGGGGGCGCUGCUGGGGGGCGACAGCGCUGACGAAGGCAGCGGCGAGGACGAUGACACGGAUGCCGCGGUGCUGAUGCGGGCCGCUGACGUCACCUACGGCGACCUCGGCCAGCACGCAUACGGCACGGCGGGCAAGCGUCUUGUUGAUGUGGUGGUCGUAGUCAGCCAAGUGGGGUUCUGCUGUGGGUACCUCAUCUACCUCAGCAAGAACCUGAGUGUUUACUCAUCGCUGCUGACCCAACAUCAGUGGUUACUUCUGCUGCUGCCUCCUCUCUACCUCCUCACUCUACUGCGACACCUCAACAGUCUGGCCUUCUUCAGCUUGUUUGCGCAAGCCUCCAACAUGUUCGCACUCGCUGUCGUCUUCUGGUUUGACUUCGCGCACUCAGAGGCGGUGCCCUUCACCCCGCGGGGGAUGUCGCUGGGGGGCCUGCCUUUCUUCUUUGCCGUCGCCAUAUACUGCUACGAGGGGGCGGGGCUGAUCUUGUCACUGGAGGGGUCGGUAGGGGGGGCGCUGCGGACCAGGUUCAAGGGGGUGUUCGUGGGCACCAUGGUGGGCAUCACUGUGCUGUACGUGACCUUUGGGGUGUCCGGCUACCUCUCCUUCGGGCCACACACGCAAGACAUGAUCACCCUUAACCUGGCUGGGGGGUCUGGGUGGCUGGACCUGGCGGGGGUGGUGAAGAUGUGUCUGGGGGUGUCACUGUUCUUCACCUACCCCAUGAUGCUGUACCCCGUCACCCACCUCCUGGACCUGUCCUGCGGCCUGCGCUCUACAGCCACUGGGAAUGUGAUGCGGCUGGUGGUGGUGAUGGUGAGCGGCGUGGUGGUGGUGGUGAUCCCGAACUUCAGUAUCCUGAUCAGCCUGAUCGGUGCGACCUGCUGCAGCCUGCUGGCCUUCAUCCUGCCUGCCUUGUUCCAUCUCAGGAUCUGUAGAGCGCAGCUGACACGGCGGCAGCGCAGCUUGGACUGGCUGCUGGUGGGGCUGGGGGCGCUGGGUGCCGUGGCCGGGGUACACGACGUCUACACGCGCCUCGGGGGCACCGUGCAGCUCAAAGAGCUCUCCCAGCCCUCCAACCCCUCGCUCCUCCUCACCAACGCGUCCAUCCUCCACAACCACUCCUCUCUACACCACAACUCCAACUCCUCUCUACACCACAACUCCAACUCCUCUCUACACCACAAUUCCAACUCCUCGAUACACCACAUCUUCAACUCCUCUCUCUCCAACGCAUCGCUCGCCCAUCUCGAUAACUCAUCUCUGUCCCACAUCACCAACUCAUCACUGUCCCACAUCACCAACUCAUCACUGUCCCACAUCACCAACUCGUCAUUUGCUCUUAUCACCAAUUCAUCACACUCACUUAUUACAGCCUGGGCUCCCGUAGUAUCUGUCGGGGGCAAUUUGCUACAUCCAACCUUCCCCUCUUCUCCAUCCUUCCCCUCCUCUGCAUCCUUCCCUUCCUCGGCAUCCCUCCCCUCCUCUGCAUCCCUCCCCUCCACCGCCGCCGAGAAGCCCCCCUGACCUCCGACCCCGUGGUCAGCCCUGGCUUCGUUAGCAGGCCUCAGCGUCAGCGCCCCCGAAGCCUUCAUGAAGCGCUGACCAAAUCUUGAACUGUUAGCGUCAUUGAUAGCCAACCUCAGCUCGUGUGCUGACUUACCUGUUAUUUUUGUACUGCAUUUUUUUACCGGGCCGUGUGAGGUAUACGCCAUAUUUAUAUGGGACUGUGUUGGGGGAUUGUGGAAUAUUUAUACGGGACUGUGUUGGGUGUACAUGUUGCAGCAAUGUUCGAUGCAUGAAUCUAAUUGUUAUGUCUGCGUGAACUUUAGUUAUGUGUGCUUGUAAGUAUGUUGUUGAUGUUCUUGAUGCAAAACUUUCUGGUGGGUUUUGCCUCUGGUGCUUCAUGCUGCGUUGCUUCUGAUUAACUAAUGCCUUAAGUUAUUUACACGGGUCAUUCUCUAGUAAACCUCUCCUUCGGCUGGAGAACUACCAUAAGAUGUUGCUGACGCUCAGACGUCAGACGGCAAUUGAUCUAGUCAUUGUUUACUGUAUUUAGGGAUGUCUUAAAGAUUGUAAUACCAGAUGGAAUCAGCGCCCUUCUUGGUGCGAGUUGCUAGAGAACUUGCCGCGAGCGUCAGGCUGUUAGGGUCAAGAGAUAAGCGUUGCUGGGGAGAGUAUCCUGCGCGACUCUCCUGCCUACACACCUAGAUGUUGCUCCCGCUUCCUGCCUGAUCUGCGUGUCAGGAGGAGUGUAGGAGGUGACGCCAGCUGUCGGCCUGACCUGCGUGUCAGGAGGAGUGUAGGAGGUGACGCCAGCUGCCGGCCUGACCUGGUGUGUCAGGAGGAGUG